AUGCCACAGAAGUACAUUGAUACGAUUCUUGAUCUGUAUGGAAUGCAGAAUGCCAAGCCUGUGGCAACGACUGGAACGGUGACCAUCAACAAGACUGUUCCAGACACGCCACUGAGUCCUGAAGAGCACAAAGUGUAUAGGACUGCCGUUGGCAAACUGUUGUGGCUAGCACUGGUUCGAGGUGAUAUUGCUUACGCGACGAAAGAGUUGAGUCGGGAUGUGACUGCACCGACAAUGCAAAGUGACAUCACUGCCGAGCAACUGGUGAUUGAUGUCGCCGCUCUGAGUGACCUCACUGAAGCGGAAGUGAGGCAGACUGGAGUGCAAAGCAACCUGCUUGCACUGCACCUCGCAGGGAAUGUUCCGGAUGAUCGCCCGGAUUUGCAGCGACUGGCACAGGGACUGCCAGUGAUCCGCUCGACUGCGGACCCGGCGACUGUUCCCACGAGUGGGCCUGCAGCGAUGGAUGCCGCCCUCGGCAUCCAUGUGAGGAAUGGCACAGAGGAGACUGCCCCUCCGACUGCAGCAAAUGAGCCGAAUGAUUCGGUGCCGGAGGCUCCAGCUCCGAGUGGAGCGAAUGAAGCAUUGAAUGCGGUUCCUUGGGAAGCCCGGCACUUGAUGAAUGAAGUGCUGGUGCCGCAUCGAUUGAGCAGGCAUGGCCCUGUGAAUGCGGAAGUGUCCGCCGCCUUGACUGCGAUGGACUGCGGAGUUGAGCUCACCAGAGUGUGGAGUGAGCUUGAUGCUUUCAUCACCACUGUGGUGGAGAAUGAUCGCCAGAGAGUGGCUGAGAGGGGGAGUGAUCUCACCGAUCGAAUGCUUCGUGCCCAAGUGAAUCUGGCCGAGGAGUGGAGGAACGUCUGCUUGUCGUUUCCACCACCCGGGCCAGCGUUCGAAUGGUCUAAUGAGCUCGCUGAAAAUGAGAAUGCACUCCCUCAGUGGAUGAUUGAGACGAGCUGGACGCAGAUGACGAAAGCCGAGCGACUGUUCCUUACAAAAAGGAACUGGCAUGUGGAAUGGCGAGCUCCUCACUAUGCCAAGGAGAAUGCCUUGGUGAAUGUCUACGAUUGGCUGUGCCUUCCACUGUCGUUGGCAAUGGGAUUGUACACCAAUGGCAUACUGGUUUUGGCAAAGUUGCCUUGCCACCAGCGGAAUGGCAGCUACAAUGCCCUCAGCGCACCGAGGAAGACUGUGCAAUGGGCAAAUCAAGGCGUCUUCGAGGAGAGUGAGCAUGAUGAGCCGACUGCCUUCGUGGUGUUUCGUCGCACCAAGACUAAGACUGCCGCAAUGAGAAGAUGGGUUGCUGGCGGACCGAAUGCCAAUGCUCGAGUGAAACUGGCGAAUUACUUUAAUCGCCUCUUCACUGACCACAUCAGCACCGUUGAGUGGGAUGGCAAUGGUCCUGACGACUGGAAGUGGACAAUGGAGCCACUGUCCCACACGAGUGCUGGGAUUGUCCGUGUCCCAAUGACUGAUCCAAUGUGCGUGCGCAGCCCCAAACUGCUGCUGUCCUUGAAUGAGAUCAGCGAGUGGGGAAUGUUCGUUACCCACCGAGGACACAACCUGGUGGAAUGGCGAUUGAUGGGACACACGAUGAUUCUUCUGACGCAGUGUGUGAAUGCCGUCCUGGAACAGGACUGUUCCACCUGGGAGGAGCUCUAUGGGAAUGACGAAGAAGUGAAGGAGAGCAUUGCCUGGAAUGCUCAGGAGCCCGGCUCCGAGAUUGUCCUGCGCAAGAAUGCGAAGGGCACUGUGAAGUGA